AUGGGCAGGGUGAGUUGAGACAAAAUCGUCUUCUACGAGGACAAGAACUUCCAGGGCCGUCGCUAUGAAUGCGACAGCGACUGCUCUGACUUCCACACCUACCUGAACCGCUGCAACUCCAUCCGGGUGGAGAGCGGGGCCUGGGUGGUGUACGAGAGGCCCAACUACAUGGGCUACCAGUAUGUCCUGACCAGAGGCGAGUACCCCGACUACCAGAGCUGGAUUGGCCUCAACGACCGUCUCAGCUCCUGCAAGAUGAUCCACUUUACCAGCGGGACCCAGUACAAGAUGCAGCUGUAUGAGAAGGCAGACUUCGGGGGCCAGGUCUUCGAGGCCACAGAGGACUGCCCCUCGCUUCUGGAGAAGUACAGCUGGAGGGAGGUCAACUCCUGCAAAGUCUUCGACGGCUGGUGGGUUUUCUAUGAGCACUCCAACUACCGUGGGCGCCAGUACUUCCUGGAGAAGGGGGAGUACCGCCAGCCUGGCGACUGGGGUGCCGUCUGUCCCACGGUCCAGUCCUUCAGGCGCUUCACUGAAUGA